AUGCCUCCACUGUGCAAUUGCCUGAUCCGCACGGUGAGUGGUGGUGAAGUGGCAGCGGGCUGCAGCCACUCAGAGGCUCGGAACGCGAACCCCGGACAGGGCCGAUGGACUAGUUCUAGCGGCGAGGCGGCUGGUGAAGGAGCCAACCACUGCAGCGACCGACGCAGGGAACAAAUUAGAGCAGAUCGGUACCGACUGGCGCAAGGCACGGCCAUCCCCACAUCCCCCUUUGGACGGCAGCUUGGCCAAUGCGAGUGUCUCACCAUCGAUCUUGGGCUUCCACAGACGCCAUGUGCCUGGGCGCCGACCGGUGUAUUGGUUGUGGAGCAACCCGGCGGUUGGCGCCUUUGUUUCCUGUCAGCGGGCUCGGAGGCGAAUCAGGCCACGGAAGACACCGACGGUACCACGCUGCACACCAUGCGGACGUUGAAACCAGAGGUUGCAGCCUUGAUCAUGGGAGAGUUUGGAUGA